AUUGCGUCACAUUGCGUUAUUUUUGUUAAAAUGUCAUAAAAAAUAAUAUUUUCUAUAAAAGUCAGCAUUUUUUAUGUUUAGCCCGUUUAAAUGAGGCUAAGUUUAAAGAAAUAGCAAGCAUUUUUUAUAUUCAGUACAUUAAAUGAGGCUAAAUUUAAAGGAAUAGCCAGCCUUAGCCCUUGUACUCUAUACAGACUAAAGCUUUGCAUAGUACAUAGGAUGGCUGUAAAAAAAUGUUCUAUAGAAAAUUGUAGUUCUUCACUAACAAGACUCGAAGAUAAGGGAGUGACAUAUCACAAGUUUCCUAAAGAUACAAAAAUACGUAAGAUUUGGCUGUCUGUUACCCAUCUAACCAGUAAUAAUAAAGAAAGCCCUACGUAUGUAUGCUCUCGACACUUUUGUAAAAGGGAUUUUAAAAUUUAUCAAGAAUCAAAAUAUGUCCUGAAGUCAGAUGCUGUGCCAUCAAUAUUUUCUUGGAAUCAAGAUAUAAAAUCUAAUAAAAUGGACACUGAAUUGAACAAGGCUAAUUCUGAAGAACAAGCUCUCAAUACCUCAUCAAGCAGCAAAGAAUCUGAAGAAGAAAAUGUAGAUUCAAUAAAAAAGUACAUAGAAAAACAAGAAAUAGAGAUUCAAAACAAAAAAAAUGAAAACGAAAGACUAGCCAAGGCAGAAAUGGAUGACAAGGAGAAACCAGGGACAUCACAAAGUGUGGAACUUUCAGAAAGUCUAGAAAAACAUGACAGUAUGGAGAAACAUCUUAUUGACCCAGCUGAGAAUGUGGUGAUAGGUAUAAGUGUUAUGGACAUGAUCCUAAGUGAAUCUGAUGCCCAUCAGAAUGACAUCAAACCCAUACCUAAGCAGACUUUAAGUCCUAAAGGUAACAGUGUGGCAUUGUCAAUUGGUUCAAAGGUGAAAGCCAAAGAUUUUUCCGAGUCCUGGUAUCCAGCGGAAAUAGUGGAAGUUGACUAUGACGAGAUGGAAGUAUUGGUGCACUAUGAAAAUGCACCUAACAAAUUUGAUGAAUGGAUAUGCAUAAGUAGUCCUAGACUUAAACCGAUAACGAGAUCUUCAACGCCAGCAACACCACCAGCGACCUCCGAAGUGGCCCCUGCCCAAAAUGCAGUGGAAUCGGAAACUAAAGAGGAGAUCAAAGAAGAAAAACCAAAGCUACAGUUUGUAGUGGGAGAGCGCUGUUUAGCACGAUGGAGAGAUAACCGUAGAUUUAUGGCAACUGUUGCUAACAAUUUAGGCAAUGGCGUUUACGAGAUCAUAUUCGACGACGGCUUCCGCUGGAAGUGCAAUACGUCGCGAUUGUAUAAAAUGAAAGAGUCUCGAAAGUGUUCCGAGUAUUUAACGGUCGACACUUCAAUGUCAAACAUAGCCUCUCCCCCUUCCCAGGUUCCACAUGGGGCCGGAUCUAGUACCGGAGAUAUCCCAAAUCCAAUAAUCCCUCCCCCUAUUUUCCACAAACAUCUCUUUGACCCCACCCGUGAUUAUUUAGGUUCUAAAUCCGAACGUCGUGAAAUGAAAAGAAAGCUAAACAUCAAAGAAAUCUUUAAUAUUGGUCAAAAGAAGAGGAAGAAAGAAACACCGCCCAAAGUUGAAAAAGAAAAGAAACCAAGGGUGCUUCUGAAAAAGCUGGAAGAUAAAGAACUAGAUGAAAAGACUGAAAUCCAACCUGAGGUCAAAAUUGACAUUAAACAUGAGAUACCUGAUGCUAUAGCUUCCAUCAUUGGCACCAUCGCCAAAGAUGACGUGGAAACACCAGCAACGCCCGGUGAAAAGAUUUAUGUGAAAACGGAAAAAUUACUCGAUAAUGUCGAAGAGCAAAACGAAGAUGAACUUGAAACGCCCGACGUUAAAGAGGGAAGUGAUAAAAUAACGUUGGACGACUUGGUAGAUAAUAACUCGAAAGUUUGCGCCGACAUUGAGAUACCCAACGAUUUUGAUAUCAUACAACCCAAACAUUCAGUGGCACCUGACGUUGAAGAGGAACAGAAAUUAGAGAAUUUCGAAAAACCGGAUGAAAGUAAGAAAGAAGUCAUAGAGAAGAUGAAGGAAGUCAUUAGCAAGUUAGAAGAUGGACUGAACAAAAUCGAAGAGGAUCAUAACAGUCGGGUCAAUUCUCCAAAACCGGAACCGAAACCUGAGCCACCCAUAGAAGUUAUAGAAGUUAACCCCGCCGCAAGCGAAGUUGAUAAAGUUGAUGCCGUAGAGAAGCCGAAGAAAAAGUUGUCCAAGAUAAAGAAAACUAAAAAACUGAGGCUAUUGCAGGAGAAAAAGGUAAAGGACCAAGUGGAAAAAGUGAAGAUUGAAUUGGAGGAGAUGAAGCGUCAAUUUGAAGAGAUGAGAAGGCAGAUGUCAACCCCGGUCAGACCGGGCGAGAUGCCGGAGAGCUUCCUGUUGCCCGGCGAGUGGUGUUGCAAGUGGGUGAAUGGCCAACCGGUGGGCACCGUUAGUGAGAUCGAGGGGGACCCUACAACGGACGCUAAUAACAAAAUGGUCUUGCCACGGCGUAGUGUACAGGUUGAAGACAAGAGAUUGCCCGAAGGCUGGACGAAGCACAUGGUUCGCCGAAGAUUAGGCCAGUCAGCCGGGAAAUGGGACGUGGUUUUAGUCAGUCCAACUAAUCUUCGAUUCAAUACCAAAACCGACAUGCGAUACUACCUGGAACAGAAUGGUAACGAGCGUUUGAGACCAUUUGAACACGCUUUACUAGAUUUCAGCGCACACCUCAAGCUAUCCAGACGUAUGGGCUGGUUAACAUAUACCGUCGAUGGGAACUCCGAUACGGGGGUCGUGAACACUAUGUCCCCGUUGGACAAGGCGACGAAAUACCGCAUUAAAAGAAAAAUUGACAGGAAGGAAAAGAAGAAGAAGAGGAAGAAGCAGAUCGCUGCAUUCCGUCGGCCAAGUUCUACAAACGUAACGCCUGGGCCAAGUGGUCUAGCAUCGUUAGGUGAAGCUGAUAUAGAUGUUACACCUCCCGGAUAUCCUGCUCUUGAAGAUGGAUAUGUAUAUGUGGGGUCACUAAAAGUUCAAAUUCUCGAGAAUUUAUUGCGGUGCCCGGCCGAGGGCUGCUUUAAAAACUUCCGAAACAACACGUUGCUCCAAAUGCACAUCAAACAUUAUCAUAGGGAAUUGCGGAAGAUGUUGGGAGCGACGCCGAAAGUUCUCGAUUUGGCCAGGAAGAGGACUAAACCAACAGGAUUGGAGCGGAAGAAACAACCGGUUUCCAGAGUAUUCAAAAUAAAAAUUACCAGACCCCCCAAACGUGUUGAGGAACCUAAACCGGAGCCAAAGGUUGUUAAUCCUGAAGUAAAUGUCGACAUUAAGCCUUCAACUCCAACUCCAAAAUUAGAUCUACCGAUACCAAGGUCGCAAGAUUCGCCGAAACUUCGCCAAGCACUAGCGAGUGCUACGGGAAAUAAGCCGUUUAAAAAAAGACCUAAAGUUUUAUUACCAGUCCGUCGGCCGGAUCCGCCUGAACCGAUUCCCGAGGAAAUAGAGGAGGAAUUUCCACCCCUGGUUUACGAAGAUGACAUUGCGGAGUCUACGAUGGAAAUACCGGAGCCGCAAGAUUUUGAAACUGCGAUUUCCACGCAUACCGUCACAAAACCGAUUGACGAUUCAAGACGGAGGGCUGAGAAGAAACGUAAAUGCUUUUCGACCGUUUCUAAGAUCCCUGGUAGUGAAGACGACGAAUGGUAUGGCAUGAACUCUGAUUUGGAUACAAGGUCGAGUUGCCCUGGUUCCGGUACUCCCGAUUCCAAAACAAUGGAUAAAGUGUUGAGUCACCAACAGGCUGUUUCUUCGGAAUCUGCCGAGGAACAGAAGGCCGCUAAUAUGUACAUGUUAACAGAAAGCGGCGAACGUAUUAAGAUAGAACACAUGAAGCGCGAAGAGAUCAUCAACUGCCAUUGCGGGUUCCGGGAGGAGGACGGUUUGAUGGUGCAGUGCGAAUUGUGUCUUUGUUGGCAGCACGCGCUUUGCCACAACAUACAGAAGGAAUCUGAGGUUCCCGAAAAAUAUACCUGCAGUAUUUGUUUAAACCCGAAACGAGGUCGACGCUCGAAGCGGUUUCUCCACGAUCAGGACAGGUUAUACGAAGGCCUGCUGCCCGGGGCGAAGCCCUGCGAGUCUUUGAGGAGGUCCCACGAGCUUUCAGGCAACUUGUUGAGGAUACAGGACGCUUUGCACGCUUUGAGAGUCAAGUAUCAUGUAGCUACUAAAAAGGACCAUCCGAAAUUGUACCUCUGGGCGAAAGACUGGGAGAAUGCUGAAGUGAAUUUAAUUCAAGAGAGGCUCAACUCUGAUUAUUCAGACUUAAAUAUAAUAGUCAAUAACAUUGACAAAGAGAAUUUACCAGUAAAAAAAGAAGAACCUUCAGACAUUAGCCCGCCCGCGACAGAAGAUUUAGAUCAAGAGAGUCAGGUGGAUUCCCCGGAUCCGACGGCUAUGUCCAGCCCUGGUGGUGCAUCGUUAGAUCUGCCGAUAACAACUUCUGAGCUGGAAAGAUUGGCUCAGACUGUACAAGAGCAAGAAGUGCGUAACGUGACGGUACCCCAGCCAGAGGCGGCCAUCGAGAACGGCGCGUGUCGUAAUCGCCUGUUACUGCAUGUACAGCGCUGCCACGCGCUCAUCGAUGCACGGCUCGACUCCAUAGAGGCGCAAGUCGCUGAAUUGGAGUCACAGGAUCCCUCGUUCGAAGACGACGAAACUGCAGACUAUUUCCCUCGAACCAAGCAAACUGUACAGAUGCUUAUGCGCGAUUUGGACACAAUGGAAGAACUUGGAAUUUUAACUUAAUACAAAGACACAUGUAGUCUCUAAUAUAAAUGUAAUAAUAUGUAGUUACGACUAUAUUUAGAACUUUACUAUGAACUCUCACUGUGCAUGUUGAUGUAGUUUCCAAAAUUAUAUCAUCCCAGAUAUUAACGCUUCCUUCUUGUUGUGCCACCAACUCUUUGCACAAGACAACUUUAUUAAGAACUAGCUGUUACGACUUUGUCCGCGUUUUUGUCUGUUUUUAAAGUUCAUAUGAGAGAUGUCUGGCAGCGGAAAAAACUUGUAGACUGUUCUGCGUAAGCUAUAAUAACUGGGGUCAGUUAAUAGAUACGACCCAUUGUGGAGGUUUAGAUGAGUUUAGGUAAGAAUUUUAUUUCACCUCGGUUUCAGUAUUUAUCAUUUUCAAGGAGUAGUAACCGUUUUAUAAAUUUAAAAUGCAUAUAUAAAAGUCAAAUCCUGUGGGUUCCGAAAACUUUAUAUAUGCAUUUUAAAUUUAUAAAAUUGAUAACUCCUCCAAGUGUAGGUAAACACACUAAUAAAAUUUAUAAAAAAAAAGUAGUAACCGUUAUAUUAAGAGAAAUCAUUAUGCUCUCAACAAUAAGGCCGUCUUUGCAUGCCUAAAUUUUUGUUUAUUCUUUAUUUUAUGUAUAUUUUGAUGUUUGUGUUCAAUAAAGUAUUCUUGAGUCUUAGUUGACUUAAAUAGGUAAAGAUAUCUACUAAAAUUCGGUCGUUCGAUCGUUCAUUUCAUUUAGGUUUAGUUGUACAGAUAUUUUUAAGUUGUUUAUUACUGUAUAAAAAUUGAGUGUAGUUUUUUU